UUUGGUACAGUUGUGUAGAUGUGUCUUAUUCAUCUAACGUUACAGUAUAUGAUCCUAGUUAUUUUAGUUAGCGAAGUGCUAGUGAGGUUAUCAGAAGUAUGAAGACUUCCUGAAUAUAUAUCCUGAACAAGUAAUGAUGAUGUCAUCAGAGGUGCAGCAAGUCCCUUUAUCUUGCUCUUCUGAGUCACUGCAGCUGCCACCCCAUCCCCAGUCCCACACAUCAGCUGAUGCAGCAAGGCAUGUUCACUUUGUUGAGGGUCGGAUGUCCUCUCGACCCAACAACUUCAGCAGCAGACGACCUCACAUGAGCCGCCAGGUAAGUUCUAAUGGCGGCUGUGGAGGUGGUGCUCCUGGUGGGGGUGGAGGUCGUCGGAAAAGAUCCCACUCAUGCAGCUGGGGAGGUGACCCCAACACUGGGGGCUCUCGUUCCAAGCGCCGGCGCACCCACCACAACAUCUCCACCUCCAAGUUCCUGAUGGGGGGCAACAUCAAUGACCCCCUCAACCUGGGAGCUCUUUCACCCAAGCGCAAUGACCAGCACAGAGGAGUUGCUGUGCCAGUUGUGAUCCCUCUUAAUAUCAAUGAUCCCCUCAACCUAAACUUUGAUGCGCCCUCUGACUCUGAGGAACCCUCACAUCCUCCUGCAAUCAACUAUGUCCCUCCCUCCAAACGUGCUACCCAGCCUGGCACCGACCAGAGUGUCCGUCGCAGGCGCAAGAGCAAACUGAAGCGCCGCAGAAGGAGGUUCUCAGAACCUGGCGGCAGCCACAUUAAGGGCCCUGACUUGGACCUCGCCAGCUUCCUGCUGUCAGAAGUGGACAACAACAACCACCUAUCAUCCUCAGCAGAUGGCUCUGUCAUCCAUCACUCUGAGGACAACAACCAUGAUGGGCCGAUGGCCACCGCACAGUUAUGCCACGUGACAGAUAGGCCUUCGUCAGUGGACAACCCAAAUGCCAAGGUUGUGUUUGGUGUGAGGCCCGUGGCAUGCAAGUCCAACGGCGGGAUCUACGCCGGGAGCGGCCCAAGGAUCAUGAAGAGCAUUAGCACUUCGGCGCUGGAGAUGGCCGGCCUGCAGGAGAGCAGCGCCCCUGAGGACGACCUGGUGGACGACGACAGCGAGCUGGACAGGUCGCCCUCGAAGCUCGUAGUGGUGGAGCGCGACUCGCAACUUGAGGAGUCCAUCACGGAGGACUCCGACGUGUCAUUGGGGCUUGUCAGAUCUACACCAGUGCCUCCCAGCUCCUUGAAAAUUUCGAGUGCAGCCUCAGUUUCCCCUAACAAGCUCUGCAGCCCCAGCACCCCAGUACGGAGUCCCUUAUCUCUGGGCCCAGGGUCGGGGCCCUCGUCAAGUAAAAUAAAACGACUGAGCUGGGAUGCUUCUACACCUGGACCAUCGGGCCUCAAGGUCUUCAGUCCUGUAUUGGGCAACAAGGCCAGCCUCCUCAAGGUUUCAUUUGACACUCCAGAGACCAACAGCAGCUGCAACAAAGAAGAGGACAACAAGGGCCAUUCUUCUCGCACCAAUGCGAACAAAAACACGCAGCAUGAUACAAAAUCAAAAGAGCAAGAGAAACUAAGCUUACUGCCAGCUGAUGUAGAAAACAAGAAUAACAUGGGCUGCAAGAAGACCUUCCAAUACGGCAAUUACCAUCAAUAUUAUGGUUACCGCAACCCUCAGCACAACACUGACCCUAGACUGGCCUUUCUGAAUCCACGUUGGUUUGACGGUCGUGACGUCUUGGAUGUCGGCUGCAACAUCGGCCACGUAACACUCACGGUGGCUCGAGAUUUCAAUCCGCGCUUUGUUACCGGCAUCGACAUAGACAAGAAACUCAUCAACAUCGCCAACAAGAACGUCCGCCAUUACCUGACGAAGGGCAAAGGACUUCAAGGUUUCCCCAAGGGCUUUGAGAGGGUUUAUGGGGGCUUGCCGUGCCAGGAAGAGCUCGAGCAGCAGGAAACUGCCAACAAAAUGGGACCUGAGGAGAGGGAGGAAUUCCAGCAGCGGCUGCGUAAAAGGAAGAGGCUCUUCCCCCACAAUGUUACUUUCCGUAAGGCUAACUACGUGCCAGAGACUGAGGAGCUGCUAGAGAUGGUGCGUCCUCAGUUCGACGUGAUCCUCUGUCUGUCGGUGAGCAAGUGGGUGCAUCUCAACUGGGGGGAUGAAGGCCUCAAACGCUUCUUCAGGAGAGCCUACCUCAACCUUCGACCAGGGGGGCGUCUGGUACUCGAGCCACAACCCUGGGCGUCCUAUGCCAAAAGAAAGAAGCUCACCCCACAGAUAUUUGAGAACUACAAGAACAUUAAGCUCAUGCCGGACAUGUUCGAAGAAUACUUGGUGCGAGUCGUUGGAUUCUCGGAUUGCCAUACUCUAGCCAUCCCCACUCAUUCUUCCAAAGGCUUUCAGAGGCCUAUACAGGUAUACACAAAAGACGGCGGCCCAAGUACCGAGCUGGCGGACCCUGAGUAUGUCAGUGCUUUGCGAGUGCCGCAGAGCAACACGACCGCUCGCGAUUGCAGUCAUGAUGGCACUGAGGGAGCGAGGGAAGUGCACUACCCGCAGCAACGGAACUACCCCACUCGCUGCCUGGGAUUCCGUGAACGUUUCCAGUUUACGUCGCCUUACCCAUCCCCCUUCCCAUCUCCUCAUCCUGGACCAUCUCCUAAUAACUUCGUUAGUGGCAGUGAGCAGGUUUCCCCAGAAUAUUCCCCUAGGUCCCCUAUUUACCCCCACGCUACAAGCUCCCCGAGACUCGCCCCUACUUCUCCCUCGUACAUCUCGCCCUCAUAUGCCCCUUCGCCUCCCAGGUAUUGCCCCGUCUCCCCCACUUACCAGCCCACGCCACCCUCUUAUUCCCCUGCAUCCCCAGCAGCCCUAUCCCCGGUGUACUACCCAACUUCUUCACCAUACGCCCCUUCUUCCCCAUCUCACGCACCGCCGUCCCCUUCAUACAAAACCCCAUCAGACCACCAGUCACCCAAGUCAUAUCAUGGUUCCCCUCAGAAUUCCCCGACUUGGCCACACUAUCCAUAUGCCUCCCCGUCCUCCGAGUACGACCUCAGGGGCUCGAACAUGGAUGGAGGGGCACAGGGCUCGAGCUCGGCGGAUGGGUCCUCCUGGUCCAAGUUCUACAAGAAGACCGUCGGGGAAGAAGCUGGAGGAUCUUCCUCAGUAACCCCGCGGUUCACGACCACCUACCAACCCUCAUGGGUGCUAUCUCCUGGACAGGCCUCUAACCCCUCUCCCAGACCCUCAGGUCUGUCCCCUUCUUCUGCGUCCCCCCAGAAUGACUCCCCCAAUACAUUUGCCUCCCCUUACCCUUAUGCUUCCCCUCAUCCGUCAGCCUCGCCACGGCCCACUGCGUCCCCUCAUUCAUUCCCCUCGCCCGUUCCCUCUGCGUCUCAACUCUCCGUCUUCCCUCACGCCUCCCCACACCUUUAUUCCUUCCCUGCAACCCUUCCCUCAGCAUCUCACAACCCCAUGGACAGCCCCAACGCUGCUGCGUCCCCUAACGCAUCCCCUUAUCCUGCCUCUGCGUCCCCUUCUUAUUCCCCCAAUCCUGCACUGUCACCCAACCAAGGCGCGUCUCCCAAUCCCGCAUCUUCCCCCUAUCCCUCCUCCUCCCCAAACACAUUUGCUUCUCCGAACCCAGUGGCUUCUCCAUGCCCCGCCGCCUCCCCUUCAGGCUCUUCCCCAGCGUCUGCUUCUCCGAACCCUUCCUCUCAGCAACCUUUCGUCUCCCCUAACCCUUCCUACUCCCCAAACCUCUCCCCUCAUCCGUCUGUCUCCCCCAAUGUCUCGUCUUACCACCAUUGCUUCGCCUCUCCCCAUCCAUCCGCCUCGCCGCGGCCUCACGCUUCCUCGCGUUCUGGGGCUCAGAACGCCAAGCCUUCUGCUUCCCCUCAGUCGUCGGCAUCCCCUCGUCCUGCCGCCUCCCCUUAUCCUUCCACGUCCACUUCCCCCCAUCAGUCUAACCUCUAUUGCUUGGCGCCUUUCUCUGCUUCUCCUCACCCAUCAUCCAUUUCCCCGCACCCAUCAUCCAAUUCCCCGCACCCAUCAUCCAAUUCCCCACACCCAUCAUCCCUUUCCCCUCACCCAUCAUCCAAUUCCCCACACCCGUCAUCCAUUUCCCCGCACCCGGCAUCCAAUUCCCCUCACCCAUCAUCCCUUUCCCCCCAUCCAUCAUCCAAUUCUCCACACCCGUCAUCUAAUUCCCCGCACCCGGCAUCUAAUUCUCCUCACCCAUCAUCCAAUUCCCCACACCCUUCAUCCAAUCUACUACACCCAUCAUCUUACUCUCCCCUUCCAUCAUCCUCUCCAUGUGCAAAUUUGUCCCCUGGGGGAAGUCACAAUCUUUCCGCCUUGACUCCGCCCAGUAUUGAGGUCCCACAUUUAUAUUCCAGUGCCUUGGAAACUUCUGCUCUCCCUAUUGCUGGCUCCCCCAUGAGCUUACAUGCCUCUGAGUCACCAUUCUUCAGGACCGCUUGUGCUGGGGGUGAGGAGAGUCCUAAGGCAGGCACUGAAGAAGGCAAUUUGGAAGAGGGAUUGAUUGAGGCUGCAGAGAUUGAAGCUGGGAAUGAUGAUGAAGAUCUUGCUGACGAUAUUAAUGGCGGAGCGGAAUUCAUAGAGGAAAUAAAUGAAGACCAGGAACUCGUGGUGGAAAAAAAGGACGAGGAGGAACCUCUUAAGGAAGGAAACGAUGGGGAAGAACUCCUAGAUAGGAGUUAUGGGGAGGAACUCCCUGCUGAGAGAAAUAAAGAACCUCUAAAUGAAAGGAAUGAAGAGGAGGAACUUUUGGGUGACAGGAGUGAUGGGUUGGAACUCAAUGAUGAAAGAGAUGAGGAAUUCCUAGAUGGAAGGAAUGAGGCGCCUCUGGAUGAGAGGAGUGAUGGUGAGGAACUCCUAGAUGUAAGGAAUAUGGAGCCCUUGGAAGAAAGGAGUGACGGUGAAUUACUCUUAGGUGAAGGGAAUGAGGAGCCCCUGAAUGAAAGAAGUGACGGUAAAAAAAUCUUAGAUGGAAGGAACGAGGAUAUGCUACGCCACGCUGGCAAUGGAGUCUGGACGAGAGAAGAUCUUGGUGAAGUUGACGGCGGAUCUGGUGGACCCGUUUUAAGUAAUGAAAUUGUUGAAGAACACUCGCUUGUUGACGGACCUUGCAUAACCGAGCGAAGAAGAUCUGUUUAUGAUAUGAGCAGAGUUGAAGGGAGACAGGUCGAUAAUGAUCCUGUUGUUGAAUUUGUUCAUGAAAAUUCCUCAGCUAUUGAUGACUUCGCAAGAGUUAUCGGUCGGCCAGCCAUUUUGGACCGGCCAGAAGUCGAUUCAGCGGAAUCUGCUUCAGCAGAACCGGAUGCUGCUGGGACGGAACCGGUUGUUGCAUCAGCAAAACUGGAUCAGGCUUCAACGGAAUCGAAUGUUGCGACUGGAGUUUGAAACGGUGACCAGGACCUCACCGCUUUGAAGGAACUGCUGAGAACGUGCCAACAACGAGAACAACUUCAAGUCUUGUGAUGUGUACAUAGUUAAUUCAUAAUGUAUUAUUAGUUAUUGCUUAGCUCCUGCCAACUUAUAGCUUGUGCAGGUCGGAGAGGAAUGCUUUCACGCCACGUCCCAUAGGCUGGCGUCUGAGGAAUUAAGGUGCAGGUGAUCACGUUUGUUGAUAUGAUGAAUGAAGCAAGAAGGUACGUGAUGAGAAACUGUAAAAUUCGCCAUAAUGUGACACAAGUUGCCUAGCUUGCCGCUAUUGUCUUUUCCGUUUAUAUCUUUAUGUGUUCAAAGGCAUUCUUCGCAUUUUAUUUUUUCUAUCUGGAUGGAAUUCAUUUGUCGCUCGAGCUAGAGUGUUCGAGGUUUUCACCUUCCUUCCUCCCCAUGUUUCAAAUAAUUUUCGACAUGGAGUGGAUUUCCUUAAUUUUUGGCGCUCUGCCGCUUCUUUUCGCCACCAUGACAUUUUUCAAUCGCAGAAUUCUUAGUAAUUUCAUUUUUCAUAGCUAGUUGUUAUCCUACAAAUAGUAGACACACAACGGGCAUUUUCUAUCAACCUGCGCAAUUGUUUUAAAUUUCUUCGUACACGUUAAUUAUUGCACUUCAAUUUCAUUUAUCGUGUUUCAUCAUUCUGCGUUCGACCGCAUUGUUAAAAACUAAGGUGAAGCAUGACACAGACACGCCAUGGGUAUGAGCUUAGAGAACGCGAUGCUGACACGUUUUGUACCGGUGCAGCUCAUUAACUGAACCUACUGCUCAACUUGUAGGCGUACAUUUUCCUAUGAUAACAAUGUCAGUUUGCUUGUUUUUCUUGGUGUUCUACAGAACAUUUUUCCUUGUCUUCCUUUGUUUGUCUGCUAAAACUUAGUCUCGUUAAAUGAAGCCUUCAUCAACGUCGCAAGUGGAUCGUUUUCUUUGAAUUGAGUUGCGUUGGAUAAUUAACUGUUCAAUAAAAAUAAUAUCGGC